UUUCUGUCGUGGCGUAGAGGAGCUGUAUGCGAAGUGAGACGUGAGCAUUUAGGUUCUUUUGCGUGUUUAGUUAGAGCUGUUGCCGUGUUCUCUUUCCUCCAUCCCCAACUGUAGGGCGCUCGGCAUCUCCUAGCCUGGUGUGGAAGAAGCGUGCUGGGUAACCGUGUGAAUGCCUAAGUCAAAGGAACUUGUGUCUUCAAGCUCAUCUGCCAGUGAUUCAGAUAGUGAAGUUGACAAAAAGGCAAAGCGGAAAAAGCAAAUAGCUCCAGAAAAGCCUGUUAAGAAACAAAAGACUGGUGAAAGUUCAAAAGGUGCAGCUUCUUCUAAGCAAAGCAGUGACAGAGAUGAGAAUAUGUUUCAGAUUGGCAAAAUGAGGUAUGUCAGUGUUCGUGACUUUAAAGGAAAAGUCUUAAUUGAUAUUAGAGAAUAUUGGAUGGAUCAAGAAGGUGAAAUGAAGCCUGGCAGAAAAGGUAUUUCUUUAAAUCCAGAACAGUGGAACCAGCUGAAGGAACAGAUUUCUGAUAUUGAUGAUGCAGUGAGAAAACUGUAAAUACAGAGCUAUACAGAAACCUUUUAUCAUUUCAGUUGUUUUAAGUGGUCUUUUUACUUUGGCAUUUGUUUUCUAAAAUAUUGUUUUCCAAGCUAUUGUAUAUUUAUUUUGAUUGCUAAAUGAUUUGUAAAAUUAAUACUUUAUGUGCAUUAAAAGUGUAUUCUGAGUGAGGCUACUUGUGUAUAUAUUACUAAAAGGAAAUGUGUUGCUUUCACCUCCUAGUAUAAAAUAAAAAAAUCAAUAUGUAAAACAUA